GUGCUGUUCCUACGUGGGGCGCCGAGGAGGAGGACCCCAGGCCAUCUCCAUUGGCAAAAACUGUGACAAAUUUGGCAUUGUGGUGCACGAGCUGGGCCAUGUCAUCGGGUUCUGGCACGAGCACACGCGCCCUGACCGGGAUGACCAUGUCUCCAUCAUCCGGGAGAACAUCCAGCCAGGGCAGGAAUACAACUUCCUGAAGAUGGAGCCAGAGGAGGUGGAGUCGCUGGGGGAGACGUAUGACUUCGACAGCAUCAUGCACUACGCCAGGAACACCUUCUCCAGGGGGAUCUUCCUGGACACCAUCCUGCCCAAGUACGACGUGAACGGCGUCCGACCUGCCAUCGGCCAGAGGACACGGCUCAGCAAGGGGGACAUCGCCCAGGCCCGCAAGCUCUACCGCUGCCCAGCCUGUGGGGAGACACUCCAGGACAGCCAGGGCAACUUCUCCUCGCCAGAAUUCCCCAAUGGAUACUCUGCCCACAUGCACUGUGUCUGGAGGAUCUCUGUCACCCCUGGAGAGAAGAUCAUCCUGAAUUUCACCACCCUGGACCUGUACCGAAGCCGCCUGUGCUGGUACGACUACGUGGAGGUGAGAGACGGGUUCUGGAGAAAGGCCACGCUGCGAGGCAGGUUCUGCGGGAACAAGCUACCUGAGCCCAUCAUCUCCACCGACAGUCGCCUCUGGGUCGAGUUCAGGAGCAGCAGCAACUGGGUGGGCAAAGGCUUCUUCGCUGUCUAUGAAG